AUGGCUUCAAGGAUUAUCAGCCUUCUUUUUUCACUAUUAGUAGCUUCAUUUGCCAUUGUCCAAAUAGCGAUUGCAGGGGAUCCAGACAUUGUCUCCGACUUCAUAAUCCCGCCCAACAUGAGUGCUGUGGAUGGUAACUUCUUCACAUUUACUGGCAUACGGGCUCUUGUGGGGGCACCUGAGCCCACAACCUUCAAGGUUACAAAAGCGAGCCUGGCGGAAUUCCCGGCUCUGAAUGGCCAGAGUGUUUCUACUGCUGUGCUUGAGUUCCCAGCUGAUUCCGUCAAUCCACCUCACACCCAUCCUCGCUCUGCAGAGCUGCUUUUCCUCCUUGAUGGUUCACUGCAAGUGGGGUUUGUGGACACAACCAACAAGCUCUUCACCCAAACACUUCAAGCAGGGGACAUGUUUGUGUUUCCUAAGGGACUUGUUCAUUUUCAGUACAAUGUCGAUGCAAAGAAUUCUGCUGUUGCCGUCUCCGCUUUUGGCAGUGCAAAUCCAGGAACCGUUUCACUCCCCAACACUGUGUUUGCCACUGGCAUUGAUGACAACAUCUUGGCUAAGUCCUUCAAAACUGAUGUCGCCACCAUUCAAGCUAUCAAGGCUGGUCUUGCACCCAAGCCCUGA